UUCCUCAAGUCAAACUGGUUAACAAAGUGUAGUUAUAAUUAUUUUAAUAAAGGAGGAGGGGGAGACAACUGGUGGAACAUAUUUUUGGUCACAUUUGGGAUUCAACCAGACACGGAGGGACACGAAGGGACGAGGAGGACGUUACGACUCGACUCUCUCUGAGCACUUUGGGACUGUAAACCUCCUUGAAGACAAAGUCAACUGACGAAUGCGAUGUUCACUACUUAGCUAAUAACUGCCAUCAUGAGAGUACACGCUGACUUAAUGGAGUGUGGUCAUACACGAUUGACGAUACAUGAUUAAUACAAUUGAAUGAUUAUGGGCUGGAGCAAAGAGAUGCUUCACCCAGACACAGCGGGAACAUGCUGCUCUGGUGGUUAACAUUUACAGGCCAUUAGAUGAAUGACUCAAUAGACUCUUAGUGUGAACGCAUGGCUACUUUGAGGCAGCACGUGAACAGCAGCGGCGUCGUCGAAAUGAACGCCGCGGACGAGGCUUCGAUCAAGGCUUGGGUUCCCAUCCUGGACGGACUCAUUCUAGUGACGGGUUUGGUGGGUCAAACCCUGGUCAUCAUCAUUCUCACGCGCAGGAGGAGGAAGAGGAGUCAACCCCCUCACGGCACAGACACCCUGCUGCUGAGCCUGAGUGCUGCGGACCUGCUGCUGCUGCUCCACCUGCCUUUCCACACCUCUGCCAUCACCCUGGGCUUCUGGCCCUUCGGCGGCUUUAUGUGCAAGGCCAUCAGCUUCCUGGGCGUGGCCUGCUCCGCUGCCUCCGUCUUCACCCUGGCAGCUUUGGCUGUGACACGUUACCUUACGGUGGUACACCCCACCUGGGCGUACCGGUCGAGAAUGCACCGCCACGUUAAGCUGACGGUCGCCCUACUGUGGGUACCUGCCUCGGGCUUGGCGGCGCCGCAGUUUGCCUUCCGCACGGUCACCGCCUCCAGCGCGGUGUACUGCUUCGCCUUCCUGUCCGACGUCAGCCAGCUGGUCUACGGCAUUGCCCUCUUCCUGUUCGGCUUCGCUCUACCCCUGAGUAUCAUUGUACUAAUGUAUGCCAAGAUCUACUGUUUUCUCAGACAUGCGCGACUGCUGGGGAACGCUCCCCAGCUGGAGCGCUACCAGAGCCAGGUCACUCACACUUCAGCUCUCCUGGUCCUGGUCUUCACUCUGCUCUGGCUGCCCUCCUAUGCACUCAUGUUCUCCUUCAUUGGAGGGGCCGUAAUGGGCUCACCUGGACACAAAGCUAUUGCAAUCCUGGCCAGACUGUUGGCAUCCUCAGCAGCAGUGGUAAACCCGGUACUCUACGGUUUAAUGUCUCAGAAGUUUCGACAAGACUUACUGGAGCUAGGGAGGAAACGGUGGGAAUGGUGCAGAAACUGUCUGAUUGGUUGCCCAGAUGUGAUGGGCAGGGACAUGGUAGAGCGCUUUGAACUGGACACAACUUUAGAAAGAAGCCAAAACUGACUCCAAGAUAAAACAUUACACUGUUGUGUAUUAAAUAAGGUAAAAAAAAAACUCUUCAUGUCUGAACUAAAAAUCAUAAUAAAAUGUGUGAUAAUAUGAAGUCUAAUGGGAAACCAAUGUAGU